AAAAAUUCACCUAAAUUGCCUCGACUCGAGACAUAAUUGGCUCUCACAAAAUCUGUGGUGAAUUGGAUAGUUAAAUAAUUAAAUAAUAAUAACUACUUGAUGCAGCAACAAAAGAAGAAUAUUCGGAGGUUGAUGAAUUAUGAAGAAGCAGAAGAAUUGGAUGAGGAAAUUUACUAUACGAGUAGUAAUGUUAAUUUAUUAGAAGAAGAGGAGGUGGAUAAUGGAGAGUUGGAAAAUGAUCAUUUACCUCACUCUUUUUCAUCGAGUUUCCCAUUUCAUUCGAGUAACGACGGUUAUAAUAUUAAUAGUAAUAAUAAUGGUAGUACUAUUGGUAUUAAUAAUGAUGAAGGAAAUAGUCAAAUAAUUUCACCUUCUUCACCGUCGGGUUUUGCUCAUCAUGAUUUGUUAGCCUCUAUACAUUCUGGCCCGACAAUCGAUUCAAUGAGUAUUGAUGAAGAACAAGAUAAUAUAAUGGAUAAUAAUAAUAUUGAAAAUGGUGUUGUUGGAGGGAACAAUAAGAAACCAACUUCAAUUCCAUUAAGAAUUUGGAAUUUCCUAACUGGUAAUGUUAUUGCACACUUGAUGAUUUGGACCAAUUUGACAUUAUUUUCUGGAUUUCUCAUUCUCUCGCCCUAUGGCUUGAAGAUUUAUAAUCCAAUUAUAUUUUCCUUCUUUAGAGGAGUUGUUUUGGUUAUUUCACUCUUUCCAAUCAUGUUAUUUGUGGAUAGAAAAUUCAAAUUUAAAUCAGAAACUAAACUUAUUAAUCGAGCAUUUGCAUUUAGGAAAAAGUAUCCAUCUAUUUAUGGAAGCAAAUAUUGGGGAUGGAUUUAUUCUAUAUUCUAUAAUGAUAAGGCAGUGAUACCUUCGUUUGUUUUGGCCAGAUUGCCAAGUUUCAAACAAUCAAAACAAUUGGCUUGGUGUGGAGCUUUGGCAGUUGUGAAUCAAUUAUUGUUUGUUGCUGGAUUGAAUUUAACUUCCAGUACAGUUACUG